AUGGCCCCGCGCGACGAAACUAUCCCCGACAUCCCUGACGAACCGCCCGCUGAGACGGAUCUGUACCAGAUUCUGGGCGUCAAGGAAGAUGCCACCCCAGAGCAAAUUAAAUCAGCUUACAGAAAGCUAGCUUUGAAACAUCACCCUGACAAGGCCCCAGCAGAUGCCAGAGAGGAGGCAAAUCAACAAUUUCAGAAGAUCGCGUUCGCCUACGCAAUCCUGUCUGAUACCCGCAAACGACAGCGUUUCGAUCUGACCGGUAGCACUGCGGAAGCAGUCGAUUUGGAUGACGACUUCGACUGGGUGGACUUUUACCGGGAACAAUUCUCGACCGCUAUUGACACAAACGCUCUCGCGACGUUUAAGAGUGAAUACCAAGGAUCAGAGGAGGAGAAAAACGACGUGCUCACUGCCUAUGAGAACUACGAGGGCGAUUUAGACCGGGUGUACGAGUCGGUGAUGCUAUGCAACGUUUUAGAUGAUGACGAUCGCUUCCGUGCCAUCAUCGACAAAGCUAUUGAGAACGGGAAGGUUGUGAAAUACAAGAACUACACAGAUGAGCCGGAGAAAAAGCGACAACAGCGCUUGAAGCGUGCACAGAAGGAGGCGAAAGAGGCAGAGAGGCUAGCCAAGAAGCUGGAGAAGCAGAAGGAGGCGGGCAGUGCAAAAGCGGGGGCGCGGAAGGGCAACAAAGGCGGCGCGAUGGAGACUAAUGAUUUGGCAGCCUUAAUCCAGCAGCGUCAGGCGUCUCGCGCCGAGUCAUUCUUCGAUCGACUAGAAGCGAAGUACAAUACUUCAGGGAAGAAGCGAGUGGCGAUGGAUGAGCCUCCAGAUGAGGCUUUCGAAGCCACUGCUGCACGACGGAGCUCAAAGAAGACGAAGUCCAAGGCAAAGGCAUAA